UGUGAAUAAAGCCAGUGGAAAUGAGAUGGAGGGGAUCCUCAUCGCCACAUCCUUACAACGAGGGAAUCAACUGAAGGGGUCGUCGCUUUGCCGAAACGGGUCAUAGCAUCCAACGACUAUCGGUUCCUUAUCUCCAUGUCCUAUCCCUUCCCUGGUGAACUCGUACUAAUUGUCCAGUGACAGAUUGAUCUGAGCGCACCCCUGCCGCUGCCUUCUCCAUCCUUCUCUUUCAACUCCUGUUCUUUACUACUCUUUCUCUACCAUGGCCGCAGCGCUGGCUCGCUCCUCUGGUCGUCUAAUGAUUCCAAACGCCACCACUUCCUCCGCACAUCAUAGGUAUCGGAGUUGUUGGCUGUCCAUGAACGGGUGUGGUGGGGCUGGCGGCUCCGACAAGGCGGUGGGCAUCUGCGAGACAAGGACACUGGCCUCAGUGUCGGCCCCGGAGCUGGCGGUGCCGCAGCUAAAGCUGGCAGUCUCGGUGUUGGAGGCCAACCCGCCGCAGUCCGACUCCGGCAUCAUCCGUCUCCAGGUGCCGAUACGGCAGCGGGCGGACGCGCUGGAGUGGCUGCAGGCGCAAUCGCAACAUCAGGUCCUGCCUCGCUGUUUCUUCUCCAGUAGAGGGCAGAGUCUAGAUUUGACAAGCCUCUCGUUAGUCGGCAACGGAGGAGGGCUUGCGAGUACCGCCAAGGCUGAUGGUGAUGAGCAGGAAUUGGUCAGCGUUGCCGGCGUUGGGUCCGCAGUCUUCUUCCAAGGGUCCUGUCCUUUUGCCUUGCAAGACUGGCAAUCCAUUAAAAGAUUUCUAUGCAAGGACUGCCAUCUUAUUCGUGCGUAUGGUGCCAUGCGUUUUGAUGCAAGGACUGUUGUUGCCCCCGAAUGGGAGGAUUUUGGUUCUUUUUACUUCAUUGUUCCACAGGUUGAGUUUGAUCAGCUUCAAGAAAGUUCAAUGCUCGCUUUGACUAUCGCAUGGGAUAACAAUCUUCUCUGGACGUGGCAAAAAGCAAUGGAUGAGCUUAAAGCUACACUGCAACAGAUCUCCUCUUGCUUUGGUAGAUUGAGGAAGUUAGAUCCAAAAACAGCCAUCAUCAGUUUUCAGCAUUUUCCAUCCAAAGGGUCUUGGGAUAUAUCUGUUAAAAGAGCUCUAGAGAUAAUAAAUGGAAGAGAAUCGGAGUUGGUGAAGGUCGUACUUGCACGGUGUAGUAAAUAUAUUAUCGAUACUACGAUGGAUCCUUUAGUAUUAUUAGCUAGUUUAAAGGCUGAAAGCCAAAACGCAUACCAAUUCUAUAUACAGCCACCUGGUGCACCAGCAUUUAUUGGAAAUACACCAGAGCAGUUAUUUCAUCGGAAAUGCUUCCAUGUUACAAGCGAGGCUUUAGCUGGAACACGUGCUAGGGGUGUAACUAAGGCUGAAGAUCUGCAGAUUGGUCAAGAUCUACUAUUCAGCCCUAAAGAUAAUAUUGAGUUUGUUAUAGUACGGGAGAGCAUUAGAAGAAAACUACAGAUCAUUUGUGAUGAGGUUCACAUUGAGCCCAGUAAAGCACUUCGAAAACUUCCUAGAAUCCAGCAUUUAUCAGCCCAAUUAUCAGGCAGAUUGAGAGAUGAAGACAGUGAGUUCGACAUUCUGACAUCCCUCCACCCAAGUCCAGCUGUUUGUGGAUUGCCUACAGAGGAGGCUCGUCGAUUUAUAAAAGAAAAUGAAAUGUUUGAUCGAGGAAUGUAUGCUGGCCCUGUUGGUUGGUUUGGCGGUCGAGAAAGUGAAUUUGCCGUUGGGAUCAGAUCAGCUUUGGUGAAAAAUGGUGUUAGUAUAUUAGUUUUUGCUGGUGCUGGAAUUGUUGAGGGAACUAUUCCUUCUUUGGAGUGGGAAGAGCUGGAGUUGAAAGAAUCCCAGUUCACAAAGUUGUUCCAGUACCAAAACCCCAUGGUUUGCCAUCAAAAAGCAAAGAGUACGACGAGCACUGCCAACUAAAAAUGUUUCUAGAUACAUCCAGGGCCUCAAGCAGACUCUUUUGAUGGCCACCGUUGAGUGAUCACAUAGAAUGGCUGUGUAAAUAUUCUUUCCAUCUACAAUAAACAAGCUUGAAAAAUGAUUGUCCCACGAGAAUUGUUGGGAUUAAUGAUUCUAAUGUUUGUAGGAACACGAGAAUUCAUAAUCCAUUGCAAGUGUAUUAUACUAUACUAGGUACUUGUAAUUAAAUUGCCAUAAAUGAUGCGAGUGUGCAUAUUAUGCUUCAUUUUUUUGUUA